CCUACAUGUACGGAAUACCCCGUACCACGGAGUACAAACGACGAGUACAAGUCCAGUCGCUGUGAAGGUGCUCACAUGACAUUGAUCGGAGUAGCGAAUAAGAUGCCAUCGCUGCUUCUUAGUGGGAACCCCACGUUCUGACGCCAUUUCAGACCUGACCUUGACCCCUUGGGGUACUUCCCAAGUUUAAACCCGAACACGGGCCGCAAACUGGCCGUCGACUUUCCAUUUUCGCCACUUAUACAAUACGUAGUUCUGUCGCCGUCAUAUGAUCUCCCUAAGAAGAUCAACUCGAAGGUUGCCAUCAGACAAAAAAGUGCCGGAAAGAGGAAAGAAAGAGGUUAAAAAAAGAGGUAAAAGUCAAGAAAGGCAAAAGGGACUGCCAAAGAGAUGAGCAGUCUACACUCUCUGCUCAAAGGGGGGAGGAUAAAAAAAUCAAGACCAACAUCCACAACAGCUUCCCAGUCAACCUCACCGCGCAAGACAAACAGCAACAGAAAACCAAGCCCCAAGAAACCCGCACAGAAGCACCAUGACUCCGACGAGGAAGACUUCUUCCAAGAUCACCUCGACGACCGAGGCCUCGUAGCAACCCUCGCCACCGACCUGUCCCUCCGCGACGUACCGCAGGCCAUGGCCUACGCUCUAUCCCGCAUGUUCUCCCCCGUACCGGAACGCGCCUCCGGCCUCUCGAGCACCCGCAUCGCAUCCGUCCUGUCCAGGCGACGAGACAUGCCCCCGAUCGUGACCACAGGCCACGUCCACGCCGUACUGCAAGCCUCGCCCGCGGCCGUGGAGCGGGAAGUCGCCCACCUGGAGGCCCAGGGGGCGCUGCGGCGGAUCCGCGUCCGGGGCCGCCGCUUCGGCGAGGCACUCAUCGCCGCGGCGGAGUACGAACGGCUCGUGAAAGACAGCGAGGCGCUCGACGAGGCCGCCAAGGAGGCGUUCCUGCGGUUCCUGGCCGAGAACCCCCGCGCGGCCGUCGUCGUGCGCGGCGCCGUAGGGGGCGGCCAGCGGGCCGAGGACGCCUUGAUACGCGCAGGCUUCCUGACCGGUCGGGGGGCGUGGGGAACUGGCGGUGUUGGGGACGCGAGUAGGGAUGCGCCGCGGGGGCUGCGCUACGCAGCUGGCGGCGCCUCGGCCGUUUCGCGAAGGCGGUCCGGUUCCGGGAAACUACCGAGCGUGGAGACCGUGGCGAGGGCGCCGAGCGGCUCCGUUCAGGCGGUGGGAGGUCCGGGCGCCGUGUACGCGGCCGGGGGCGGGGGAGGCGGCGGUGGGGCCGGGUUGGCACGGUUAGCGGAUUCCGCUGCCGAGUCGGAACUAGACUACGUCCUCGCCGUGCCGGGACAUGGCUUCUUCCUCAAGCUGGUCUCGGCGGCGGUUGAGCACCUGACGGAAUUGCUGGGCAAGUCCCGCUUCGGCGAGAUGCCCGAGAGCCUCCUGAGGGAGCGGUGGGACGGGGGCAUCGCACGCGACGAAGCCAGGUUGGCGCGGCGGGCGCGAGGGGAGUGGGCUGGCGUGCUGCCCGGGCGGACACGGAAAUGGAAGGAGUUUUACGGGCUCCGAUUCGCGUGGGUGCUCGAAGAGGCCAUGGGCGCUGGCCUGGUCGAAGUCUUCGAGACGGGGAGUGUUGGCAGGGGAGUUCGGAAGCUGUGACAUGUGAUGGAGGUAUAGAGCACGAAGUAGUGUACAUGCCUAUCUAUAAGGUACCUAC